AGGGGCACCGGCAGGGCUGGGGGGGGACCAGGGCCAGGGUAGCAGGGGCUGCGGGUCGGGAGUGAGGGGCACCGGCAGGGCUGGGGGGCAGGGCUGGGCUAGCAGGGGCUGCGGGUCGGGAGUGAGGGGCACCGGUAGGGCUGGGGGGCAGGGCUGGGCUAGCAGGGGCUGCAGGUCGGGAGUGAGGGGCACCGGCAGGGCUGUGGGGGGGAGGGCUGGACUGGCAGGGGCUGCAGGUCGGGAGUGAGGGGCACCGGCAGAGCUGGGGGGGGCAGGGCUGGGCUAGCAGGGGGCUGCGGGUCGGGAGUGAGGGGCACCGGCAGGGCUGGGGGGGGACCAGGGCCAGGGUAGCAGGGGCUGCGGGUCGGGAGUGAGGGGCACUGGUAGAGCUGGGGGGGGACCAGGGCCGGGAUAGCAGGGGGCUAUGGGUUGGGAGGGGCACCGGCAGGGACAGCCACAGGCCUCUCUGUUCAGCAGGCCAGCAACGGUUGCCAUAGCGACAAGAGCUGCUGGUCCCCGUUGCCAUGGGCGAUGAGAGGAGCUCCCUGCAUCCCAGGGCAGCAGGGCCCGGCAGGGGGAGGGGGAGGUCACCCCCCCCACACACAGAGGAAGUCAGGAAGGGGGGCUGGCGGCCAGCGCGUGCGGGGGGGGGGGGGCUGGUGUCCAUUGCCCCCCCCAGUAUCAGGCCAAGAAGUUCCCACCUGUGUGCACCCCCCAUUGCCCCACAGGCCUCCACCCAUCAUGGAGAAAUCCCUCCAGCCUCCCGCCAUUCACAAGCACAGGGCACUGAGUGAGUUCCGGGGAGACGUGGGGGGGCAGGAGGUUCAGGGGCUCAGAAGUGUGGGGCAGCAGUGGGGGGUUCCUGGGGCUCACAAGUGUGGGGCAAACCUGGGGCACAGGGGCUCAGUAGUGUGGGGCAGGCCUGGGGCAGCGGUAGGGGGUUCCGGGGGCUCCGAGGUGUGGGGCAGGCCUGGGGCGCAGGGGCAGAGAGAGAGGCGCUGCGGUUUCAUACAGGUUGGUUUAUCGUACAGUAUCUGCGCUGGCACCGCAUGGCUGAGAUGCAGCGACGUGGCCAAGAACAGACGUGGGGGCCCAGCGAGGGGGGGGCAAGGUCUGGGUCUCUCACCCCCCAGUGCUGCCCUCAGGCUCUACCCCGAGGGAUCUUGUGCAGGGGUUGCCGGAUCCUUGCCCCCAUUACGCACCCCACUGCCCAGCCAUGGCUCCGGGGCUCCAGCUUCACCCUCGUUCCGAGGGACCGGGGGGGGGGGGCAAAGGGGGUGUCCGGAGCCCCACCCUGAGCUACAGGCGUCUCCACGGGGGUGUCAACUCUCGGCCCCUCCCAGCCCCGGAUGGACAGACCCUCCUGGGCUGCCCAGGCCUCUCCCUGCUGGGGGGCCCCUGCGCUGGUCUGUUCAGUGGGACAGGGCCUGGAUCCCCCAAUCGGGCCCCUCGCCUGGGCAUCAUCGAGUCCCUGGGGGGGCUGUUUUGCCCCCAGGGCCCGUCCCGCCCGGCUGGGCAUUGUGUGUGGGGGGGCUGCUCGGCCUAGAGACGUGUCCAGUGCGUUGCUAA